GAAUGACUCAUGUUUGGAUUCUCUCUCUGUCCCAGCAGGUAUGGGGAUGAUGAGUGAGAAUGUGGAAGAGAAUCCUCAGCAGGAAGAUCCUGAAACUCAUGUUACAUUAUUGGGAAGAUCUGAAGGGACUGUGUCCUGGAGUCCAGAGCAUGGAAAAGCUGGUGGGUGUCAGCACAGGCCAGAGAGACAGCAGGGAAACCAGUCAGGGAAGAAAGUGGGUAAAUCCGUUCAAUGUGAAGGUGGUUUGAAGAAUCUUAGUAAAAACAUGAUGCACCAGAGAUUCUCCAAUGGGGAGGGAAAAUACACAUGCACCGAGUGUGGGAAAAGCUUCAGUCAGAGUUUACACCUUAUUAUACAUUGCAGAACCCACACAGGACAAAGACCUCAUAAAUGUCUUCAGUGUGGGAAAAGCUUUAUUGACAACCCAACCCUGAAAAUACAUCAGAGAAUCCACAUGGGAGAAAAACCCUACAAGUGCCCUGACUGUGGGAAAAGCUUCAGUGAGAGACCACAUCUUAUUGGCCACCAGAGAAUCCACACCGAAGCAAAAACUUUCAUAUGUUCUCAGUGUGGGGAAACCCUCUGUAACUGGUCAACCUUUCUUAGACAUGAGAGAAUCCACACUGGAGAGAGAUCUAAACCUUAUCGCUGCCUUGAGUGCAGGGAGAACUUCCGUGAUUGGUCAGGUCUUAGUAGGCAUCAGAGAAUUCACACAGGAGAGAAACCCUAUAACUGCCUGGACUGUGGAGAAAGCUUCAGUCGGUGCUCAAACCUUACCAGGCACCAAAAAGCUCACACUGGGGAGAGACCCUAUAAGUGCCUCAAGUGUGGGAAAAGCUUCAGUCGGAGAUCAACCCGCAGUAGACAUCUGAGAACCCAUUGGGGAGAAAGUGAAUAAAUGCCCUGACUAGGGCUGGCUGAAGUGAAUUAUACUGAAGCAAUUGCACCACUACAGCUAAAGUUGAGACUAGCUUCCUUUUUAACUGCCAGUUUUUCUGUGUGCUCUAAAAUCCACACGUGGACUUGGAUUGUCUUGAAAAUUGCUGUGCCUCAUCUGGGCCGGGGGCAGAGCUAGUGAUGUGAGGUUGUGUUCAUUUGGUCUAGGGAUUCCUCAGAUACAGCUCCCCCAAUAAGGAGCUGCUUUUACUAUUCAGAUAGCUCUGAAACCCUGUGCCAACUUAACCCCCAUGAAAAGCAGGAAAUAUAACAUGAAAGUAGAUGCUACCCCCACAACAUAACCUUAACUCUGCCCUCUUUGAGUGAAGUCCCAGCGUACCAGUAACACACAUUUAGCUCUCUAACUUUACAGAUGCUACAGAACACUUCAGGAACAGAGCACUGAUGAGCAGCGCAGGACAAAGUCUGCCACCUUCUCUUGAUAAGGGAGGACUCUGGGGUAGGUCAGGCAUAGUGAGCAGCUGCCACUUACACUCAAAAACUGAGUGUACUCCCCACAAACCACCCCAGAAUUUCAAAAUGUUCCCAUGCCUUCACCCCUGCCCUGAGGAUUCCUUGAGACAAGGCUUUCACUGACCCUGCAGUAAGCCCUGGAGACCUCAUGACAUAUGCCAGCAGAUAGCUGACAAUCUCCAGGGCUACACUCCCUUGUGCAUUUCUACUGACACAGCCUACAGAAUUCUGCAUUGCAAUGAAGUAUAAUUGAUCCUUUUAAAGUACACCUGCACCUCUUCUCCUAUCACAGUGACAGCUUUGACAACCCGCUGCAGCUAAUCUCUUCACCAUUCAAUACAGCUACGCCACACACAGUGAAGGUAGACGAGUGCAUGCACAACACAAGCAAUGGUAUAUUUUCUUAGUCCUUCAUGUCUACUCAUUAUGGCAACACAGUUACUGAACCAUUCUCAGUGGUUAUUGCCAGCUCUAAGGGGGAAGAGUUAAGGUUGCAUUGUGGGAAUGGCAUUUACCUUCAUUUCUUAGUUUUUAGAGGUGUAAGUUUACCCACUCUCCACAUUGUGGAAGGGCACAAGGCAGAGCUGGUAGCCCCUGUAGCUGCCAACGACUUGGAGAGAGAUGGGCAUUCAGCUCAGGGAGUUCAGUCAGAGCCCUAAAACGCUCUCUCAUGGUUGCAACAUUUGUUAAGACCCUAUCAGAGUGCAGUGAACUCAAGGGGAAAUUAACGAAUUGCCGGUGGUUCUGCCUAAUGAAGAAAUUUCAAGAGCAAUUAGAGAGCAGUUCUAAAGUAAUUCUCUGCAUUUGGGAUUGACAACAUGGUGUCCCAGUGGGUCUGCAUGUGUGUGUGUGAAAAACAG